AUGGUUAGCCUUAGCAGCCCGACAUGGCGCGUCAUCGAAUCAUUCUAUGAAUCAUUCGCACCCAAUCCGCCCCCACGGAUCCGCGACCCCGCGAGACCAAUGCAAGUCAUAUGCGUUGGAUUACCCCGAUCUGGUACCGAGUCUUUGCAGAAAGCCCUGUUGACGCUUGGCUACGACUAUACAUAUCACGGAUGGGACAUGCUGAACGAAUCACCACAUCGUAUGAAUGCCUGGGUUGCAUUGGCACGUAGGAAGUUUUUCGCGCCCACUGCUGAGCCAAUCACGUCCACGGACUUCGAUGCAUUGCUCGGUCAUGCUGUAGCGGUGACUGAUGCAGCGGCAAAUUGUUUUGCUGCUGAGAUGAUUGCGGCAUACCCUGACGCCAAAGUGAUUCUGAACAUGCGAAGAGACCUUGAUGCGUGGCACUCUUCCGUAUUGUCAAACAUAGUAGCUGUGAAUGAAGAUUGGUUCAAGUGGCUUCUUUGUUGGUUCAACGCCGACCUUUGGUGGCAGUGGCACAUCCACCAGCGGAUUCUGUGGCCCGCGCUUUUCCGUUGUACCGAUUAUCGCUCACUGCGAAGCGGCGUGGAACCUUUCGGCAAGACCGUUCACGAGCAACACAGUGCGACAAUCCGACGACUGGUUCCACAAGAACGGCUGCUUGAAUGGCACAUCGAAGAUGGAUGGGGACCGCUAUGCGAAUUCCUCGAGAAGGAAGUUCCGGUAACACCGUUCCCGCGGGCGAACGACAAAGGCGCAUUCACGAAAAGAGUUGAAACGGAUCUAGAGGCCUUGGGAAGGAGUGCAUUCAUGAACAUGAUCUUAGCAUUCCUGGGCGUUACAACAGUUUUUGGCUCCCUUUUGUUCACCAAUUGGUAA